AACUUCUUAAAUGACCUGGAGAGAUGCUCAGAGUUUCUGCCGACAGCAUCAUACUGAUCUGGCGAGUGUGAGGAACCAGAAUGAGAGUGAACAGAUUCAGAAGAUCAUUAAUAACACUCAGAUAUCUGUCUGGAUCGGUCUUUUCAGUGACUCAUGGGAGUGGUUAGAUAAGAGUGACUCCACCUUCAGAUACUGGAUUUCUAAACCCAGUACUAUUCCUAAUGAAAUAUGUACAGAGGUCAAAAUGAAGGAUCAGGGUCAAUGGAAUGAUGAAGUUUGUAGUAACUCUCAGACCUUUGUGUGUCAUGAAGAUAAGCUGGUAUUGAUCAAUGAGAGUCUGAGCUGGUCUGAUGCUCUGAGUUACUGUAGACAGCAUCAUGUGGAUUUGGUUUCGGUUGAUUCAGAGGAGAUUCAGCGCUGGGUGUCAGGAUUGGUUAAACAGGCCUCUACUCCAGAGGUGUGGUUGGGGUUACGUCACUCCUGUGCUUUGGGUGUUUGGUUCUGGAUGAAUGGACAGAUGGUUUGCUAUCAGAAUUGGGUGAACAGUACAGUAGAUAAGAGCUGUGACACUGUGAGAUCUGGAGCAGUUCAGUCUGAAGAUCAGCGCUGGAUCAGCCUUCCUCAAACUGAACUACGCAACUUCAUCUGCACCAGAUAUGAAGAAUGAAAUAAUUUGCGUCUUACUGUUAUAUACAACUAUUAGCUAUUUUUCAUGCUGUUUUAAAUUGUUUGACAAUGUGGGAAUUUGAAGGUUUAUUAUAGAUUAAAUACAACUGAAACAAAUGUAAUGUAUACUAUCUUUGGGGAUAAAACCUUUCAGUUGUAAAUAACUUUCUGAGGUAAUAAAUAGCAUACAACUUAGCAUGCCUUCUGUCCAAUAUUUACCCGGCAUUGGGUUAAAAAUAACUCAGAAGAAUUUAGAGUG